AUGUUAGGUUUCCUAUUGACCCUGUGUUGUGCAAUUUUAUUACUGUUGUACUUAUUUUUGGUUUGGCCAUUUAACUAUUGGAAACAACGCGGUGUCAAUGGUCCAAAGCCACGCCCCUUUGUCGGAAAUUAUCCCAGUGGUUUUACACAGAAACGUAAUAUUGCCUGUGAUAUUCUUGAUGUUUAUGAAGCAUACAAAAAAACCGAUGAUUUUGUGGGAAUUUAUAAUUGCCGAACUCCGCAAUUGUUGGUACUAAAUCCAAAACUGAUACGCCGAGUUUUGGUAACGGAUUUUAAAAAUUUUCACGACAAUGAUGCCUCAACAAUGGCCGAUAAAAAUACGGACUUUAUUCUGGGCAACAACCCAUUUGUUUUGACUGGCGAAGAAUGGAAGGAGCGAAGAGCUGAAAUUACUCCAGGAUUUACCUCAAACAGGAUAAAAACUGUUUUCCCGGUUACAAAUAAAGUUUGCCAAACUAUGGUUGGAUUUAUAAAGGAACAAAUGAAAAUCGGCAAUAAGGAUGGCAUUGAUGGCAAAGAUCUUAGUCUACGUUACACCUGUGAGGUUGUAACCGAUUGUGUUCUUGGACUUUCGGCCGAUGCCUUUGCCCAUAAGCCCAGUCCGAUAUUGCAUAUGACCAAAAAUCUGUUUGAUCAGUCAUUUGUUUUUGUUGCCUAUACCCUAUUGGCCGGUAUGUUACCCUGGAUUAAGAAGGUCAAAAAAUUACGUUUCAUACCAAAACCCGUUGAAGAGUUCUUUGUCGAUUUAAUGGAAAAUUCGCUGAGCAUGAGAAAAGAACAAAAAGAAAAGGGUGUUAAUGAGGAUCGUGUGGAUUUCAUCAAUUACAUGCUCUAUCUGCAGGAAAAGAAAAAUCUACAAAUACCCGAAUUGACCGCGCACACAAUGACAUUCCUGUUGGAUGGUUUUGAGACAACUGCGAAUGUUUUGUCCCAUUGUUUGCUAUUGCUGGGUCGUGAUGCCGAUCGUCAGCAAAUUCUUCGUAAUGAAAUCCUUGAGAAAUUGGGUCCAAAUAAUGAUUUUGAUACAAUUAUGGAGUUGCCUUAUUUGGAUGCAUGUAUACAUGAAACCCUUCGCCUAUUCCCUCCCGGUGCAUUUUCAACAAAACUUUGCACAGAAUCGAUUGAAUUCGAAAAUAAAAAUGGAAAAAAAUUAAAAAUAAACGAAGGUACGACGGUGGUUCUGCCCAUACAAGCACUGCUAUUGGAUGAAGAUUACUAUGAAAAUGCUGCCAACUUUGUACCGGAACGUUUUCUAAAUGGUGGCUUAAAGAAAUAUAAGGAUCAAGGGUUGUACUUGGCAUUCGGUGAUGGACCACGUAUAUGUUUAGGUAUGCGUUUUGCAUUGACACAAAUAAAGGGAGCCCUGGUGGAGAUUGUUCGCAAUUUUGAAAUUCGCGUGAAUUCCACAACACGCACUGACAACAGAUUGGAUCCAACAUAUUUUUUGAUGCGCCUGGAUGGUGGUAUAUGGUUGGAGUUUGAUAGCAUUAAUUAA